GGGACGAUCCAUGGGAUGAGACACACAGUGGGGGACCAGAGACAUCCACGAAUAUCACUUACGCAACCAACACACGUUGACGAGAUGUAAACGGGCAGGAGACAUUAGACAUUCGUCCAGAGCAUCUCCACCACGCCGACGCACCAAAGACGGAUAUAUGGGUUGACUUGUGGCAGAGAGACAAACCAACCCUUGAUUUGAUUUGUGAACCACUGCCCAGCACCAACCUACAGAUAUGUCACACGCGUCCAAAGCACGAGUCCACAUGAGCUAGUUCGUAUGGCACAUAAUACAACAAAAGACAAACACUUGAAUCCAGCACAUCAAAGUGAAGCGAACAGAAGCCCACAAAGACCACCCCAGUAAUGACGACUUCAAGCAAGCAUUCGUUCAUUCGUUCGUUCGGUACAUGCAACCAUACCCUGCGCUGUGCGUGGACUGACUGUUACAUAUUAUGUCUCAAGUGGAGGCACGCCCAGCCCCGACUGCUCCCUUUGUAUCUCGUCAAGCACCGCUUCGGCAUCGUCGUCUGCCUUCGGGAUGACCUCCACGACCUGAUCGAACGUGUAAUUCGCCACGUCGUAUUGCCACUUGAUGAGCUCGGGAUUGGCCAGCACUUCGGCAAGCUCGGCGCCCUGCUUGACGUAGACCGGCCCCUGGACGGUCUUGUCCUCAUCAACAACGGCCGACGCGACGAUCCCAGUGUUCUGGUUGAAUGUCACGACGCCCAGCUCUUCACUCGUCCCCUCAGGCGUGAGCUGCGGCGCAUCUUCUCCUGUGGGGAACUCCAGACCCGCGAAGGAAGGGCUGGCCGGCAAAUUCCCCAUCAUGUCGUCCGUCACGCCGAGAAAGGCUCCAAGGGCUGCCAUGGAGUUGUCUCCCCCAGAUGGGUUGAGAGGGGGAAUGUUCUCCAUGUCGAUGAGGCCGAUAAGGGAGGGACCCUCCUCCGAGAUGAGCUCGAAGAAAGCCGCCAGUUCCUCGGGGGGAGGGAUUGGCAGGUCUCCUGGUAUUCCUGUCGGGAAUGGCGGCAAGUCGCCAAACCCUGGCGGGCCGCCGGGUGGGGUCGGAAAUGGCAAGUCGCCAAUGCCUGGCGGGCCAGGUGGCUCUUUCGCCCCCUCCUCUGGCAGCAGGCCCAGGGGGUCCUUGGGGAGGCCCUUCGAAUCUUCCUUGGAUGGUGGCCCUGGGGGGAAGAAAUCUGGUGGCUCCUUGGCUGGCUCUUGUUCGGGGAUGACGACGGCUUGCCAGCCAGCCGGCCGCCUUGCGCUUUCGCCGCGCCCCAGCCUCCGCCUCCUUGCCGGUCUCGCUGAUUGUUGUGGAAGCAGGGAAGGCUCGUUGCUCUGCAGAAGCUUGUUGAGGAAGUCCGGGCAUUUGGCUUCCAGCUUUGACCGAAGGGCUGGGAUGGAGGGGUAGGUGACGAACCUCGUGUGGAGGCGGUACGGGACAACGCCGUCCCACCAACGGAGCUUGGGCAGCCUGAAACACAGGACGCCGCACGAUAGGCCGCACUGACAGGAAGACAGAUAGACAGACAGACAGACAGACAGACAGACAAUGAGAGGCACAUACAUACACACAUACAUACACACAUACAUACGGGGAAGGCAAGUCAAGUGUCAUUGCUUGCAAGGCGGUCAAUAGGUUGGUAAGUUUCUCCCUCUUUAGUGUCCCGUACCAGUUUGAAGUCGAUUGCGGCUGUGACAGGGCAUCCAUCCUUGAUGAGCUCGACGGGCGCGCACUUGUCAUUGCUGGCUUGGUACUCAAGCGGCGCCUCCUCGCAGUGUGACCGCCUUGCGUACACGUGGUCCACCCACAUCCAAGCGCUGCACUUUGGCCGCAUGUUGACCUGCGAUGCUUCGACUUGCAGCAGGCGCCUGCGUCUCCGUGCAGCGGGCUUGCUGUCCAUGUAGUCGCUGAGGUACUGGGCACCAAUCCUCGCCCCGUUGAGGAAGGUGACGGCGACCUUGCCGCCGAUGUUGUCCACAUCAUCGACUGAUUGGAUGUUGAGCGCAUCGUCGACGCCCUCAUUGACAAAGUCGAGCCCCCCGUUGAUCUGCGCCAGGAAUGGGUAAUCUUCGAUCGGGUUGGCCCCUGGCUGCUGCAUGACACCUUCUGAGAACUGAUUCAGCAGCUGACCGGCACCAGUCAUGGCCGCCUGGCCCUGGUCGGAGCCCAAGAACUCUGCCACCGCUGCCGCCUCUCCCAGGUAGCCGAGGUCGUCUCCCUCUCCGGUCUCGCCAUUGGCCGCCUGCACAGUGACCUCCCACGUCGCCUCGCCCCUCACGGUCGUCGUGUCGUUGACAGUGGUCACCCAGCACCGACAUAUGACAUUGUUGUUUGCCCCUUGGUGGCGAAGCUCGUUCUCGUAGAGGAUGGUGUCUCCCGUCCUGUAUACUCGCAUGCCGCAGCUGCCUUCGCCCUUGAAUAUCGCUGUGGCGCAGACGUCCCCUCCGAAGUCGUUGGGGUCGGUGAAGAUGUCGCUCCUCAGGGUCGCCUUGCACUGUUCGGUUCCGCUCAGAUAUGCAGGCCUGCGAAAAAAAGAAAGAAAGGAGCAAGACAGCCAGGAAUGCUUUGCGUCAUGUCUCGAUGCCUAGCUUCCGCUGUAUGAAAAGAACUGCGCUUACGCGAACGCGCCUUCGUAUUGGCCGUUGAGGGCCACUAAUGGAAUGCAGCACUUCAUGCCUUGAUUGAAACACUCAACCUUCGGCCUGCCCGCUACACGCGCAUGCGCACACGAGAUACAGACGAGAGAGAGACAUGUACCAGCCAGAGUACCCAUCUAUGUGACAUACAUAUAUACGGCUGAUCUCCUUUUGUCUGACUUACAUCCUGCGGGAGGCAGGCUCUCCAGUUUGAGGUUGGGGUCCUGGGCAGGCACAGGCAGCCGCUUGACCACGCCUGCGUCCCUCGCAACCAGUGCCAGCGAAGCCACCUGACCGACAUCCACAUACUUGGCGACUUCCAUGCCCAGAUUCAGACCAGUGGACAGCGCCUUUGAGCCAGUCGACAGAAGUGCGGGCAGAUCCUGGGCGAAGGCACUGUCCCCAGCCAGGGCAGCAGGGAAGGUACCCAAGGGGAACGGGGCUGCGGCUCCAGGGAGGAAGAUGCCACCGGCAUUCGCCAGCCCCCCUGCCAGUCCCCCUGAUGCCUGUUCGUUUUGUGCGCCUUGGUCGUUCUGGCACACCGCCGGACCGGACACGGUGCCUGGGGACGAAAACUGGCCGGUAGGGUUGCUGAAGAGGGUGCACUCGUUGGGCGGCCUGAACGAGAAUUUGGUGCAAGCCACGGGAGUCAAGGUCUGCUCGCAGACGGCCUGGCAGGCGGCUGCUGUGUUGAAAGCCGUCGGUCUGUCGAUGACAGUGCCGCCGUCCAGUACAGUGUUGUCCGUAAAGCAGUUCACAGAACCUGACACGCGUAAGCAGACGCACCGCAGGCACGAUGUCAAGUACGCCAGCCGAUGAAGUUGUCUGCUUGCUCACCUUGUGGUGCGGCUCCAUUCGCUGCGACAAGUGCGCUGAGCAAUGCUGCAGCCGGAUCGUUCUGCUGACCCACUUGCUGCCCCUGUCCGGCACUAAUGGCGCCUGCCAUUUGCCCCGCCAGCUGUGCACCGGCACCAAUGAUGUCACCGAUGGGGAUCUCGCUGAUGGGGAUGCCCUGCAGGCGGCGUCUUCUUACGUCUCUGGCCGACUUUUUGCGCUGCUGGAAGUUGAACCAGGACUGUGCGUAGUCCUUGAAGAGAGGCAUCGCGGGAACCUGGCCUGGCGUGAAGAUGCGGCGGUUGCCGCUGAGGAGGGAGGCGAGAAGCAUGUCGGGCGCUACCAUGUCUCCGAGGGCCGCCUGAACCAUGGCUGCUGUUCCAAGAACAGACGCCGUCGCCAGGCUGGUGCCUGUGUAGGUAGUCUGUUGGCCGGAUGAGUCCAGGGUGAGCAGACUGCCAGGAGCCCACAGCACGUUCCGUGUGAUGAAAGGUAUGUUGGUGUAGUCUGUCGGCUUCCCAGUCGCCGCAUCGAUGGAGCACACACAGAGAAGGGCCGCACCGGGGACAUCACAGAGGUUCCAGUCCAGGUAAUUCUUGAGGCUGACUGGUGUCUUGGAGCCUUGCAGGGUGGGCAGUGGGGUCGACUGGAGCUGCGGCUGAAUGCCUUCGUUGCCGCACGGGAUGAAGAAUACGUGGCCGAAGCGCGAUGCCCUUUGCAUGGCCGUCUUGAGGAUGUGGGGUCCGGCUUUGGCCUGCUGUGACGAAGGGAACUCGCCGAACCCAAGGGCGAGGUAAGCCAUCGAUGCCCUCUGCUGAACAGAGUAUUCGAUGGCCGCCAGCACAUCAGCAAGGUCGGCUCCGCCCUUCUCUUCGUCCCAGACUUUCAGCGGCAUCGCGAGCGGCGCAAUGCCAAAAAGCUUUGCAUUGCAGCCAAUGCCCUUCACCGAUGUGGUCGUGUCCUUGGUGUCGACCUUGCUGUCGCAGUUGCCGGCAUAGAGCACUCCUGCCGCUGUGUCGUGGGUACCCACCCCGCUGGCGAGCGCCUUUGCUUCGCUGUAGCCGCUUCCGCCCUUCUGUGGAGGCUUUGUGAAGUCGUAGCCGACGAAGUCGUCCACGAAUCCAUUGCCGUCGUCGUCGAUGCCAUUGUGGGGGAUUUCGCCAUUAUUGCGAAAGAAGACGUCACCGACCAGCUGGUCGGCCGGCCGGCCCUCCUGCUUUUCCACUUCAGCCGCCUCCUGCACAUUGGCGACUCCCUCCCAAGACGCGCCUCCCAGCUCCCCCAUUGACAUGGGUGCCAUGGCCUCGAUGAAGAAGUCCAUGCCCGUGCCGAUAAAGGAACUGAGGACCCCCCGCUGUCGCCCGGGAGCUUGAUCAGAGCUCGUCUCUGCUCGUCUAGCAUAUUCUGACCCCUGGUAGGCGUUGAGGACAUCCUGUAGCGGACCGACCCCGCCGAAGAGCUCGUCAGUGGUCUGGCGGAACCAUUGGAAGUCCAUGCGCUCGGUUGUCUUUAUGUCGCCGCUCGGCCCGUUGGGGCUGAGAAGGUUUCCCAAGAAGCCGCCUUGGGAGGCUUGCGUCUGGGAGAUGCUGGUCAUGAGGAAGGACGGCGUACACGUGACCAUGUUCUGAUAGGGCCUGAGCAAGUCCCUCAAACAAGCAUACUGGGUCUCGUCUCGCACGCUGAAAAGCUCGAUGCCAAGCGAUGGGAGAAACUGGUUGCUGAAUAGCUCUGGGCACAAAGCAAUGCGCCCUCGCCAUGCUGACAUGAGGUCGUCCAGCAGGCUUACGCGAUUGGCGUCGAGGUUGCGUUGUAAGCCGUCGUUGAAUAGGCAGAUGACGCGCCUUAGCGGGCCCUGGGAGCCUCCUUUGGACGGUUUGGGACCCUCUUGUGUGCCAGAGGUAUCUCUGCCCGGCGGGAACGGGCCACCGAAUACGGGCGGGGAUGGCGAUGGAGGCCGCAACGGGAAGAGUUGCCCUGUCGCCGUGAUGAACAGACAGAGCGACGCAAGUGUCAGCAGGCAGACACGGGAGCCCGAGGAAGCAGUCAUGAUCUGCUCAAGAACAAGCACGCGCAAGCAGUACAUCAUGACUCGCUGACAGAGGCAUUGACAUCCUCGUUCAUUAAUUACCCGAUGUGAUGAGAUGUCGCGGUCCAUUCAACGAGGUGCACGAAGAGGAGAGGACCGAGGAGGAGCUCAAGCGAAGCCGAUAGGUCCGCGAACUUGCUUGAUG